AUGAGGCCCAGCCUCUUCUUUUUAUCUAAUGAUAAGGUUUCGCGAGAACAAGCCGCCCGAAACAUAUAUACUAUAAAUUCGAAGGCCUUAGAAGCCGGUCAGGACAUUGAUCAGCUCGAACAAAAUUCAGAUGAACUUGAAGAUGACGAUGAGGAGGAUGUUGAUGACGGCAAGCCAGGUUUUGCCAUUAGUAGACCAGGCACAAUCGACAUCUGGACCAAGCGUACCAAGCUCCUAACAGAAGUUAGCAAAGAGGUCAGGUUCGACGAUGCGGAUGUGAUUGAAAAGUACUGGGCCCGAGAAGCGCCCGAAGAUCUGGUACAUCAAACGACAGGACCGCUGGAGACUCCGCUGCAUGUAGUGAUAAAGCGAAAGGAAGAAGGCCUCGCAAAGUUGAUGUGCGAGAUAGCACCGGACGUUGCGGCGAAAGCUAUAUCCUUACAGAAUGAAAACGGCGAAACCUCAAGACGCACAUCGCUGCAUUUCGUCAACAAUGUAGCCAGAAGAUACGGCAUGGCGCCGGAAAUACGCCCUUACACGAAGCAGUACACACACCACUCUCGUUACAUUGCCGAGGUCCCGACUUGCUCUCCAGAAAAUAUUCCAAAUUGUAGACGGCGUAGGGAAGCUGAGAAGGAGUUAAAGAGUAGCUGUACUCGACUGAGUAGAAUUGUCGAGUCUUUAGUACAAAAAGACCCGGAAGCUCUCGCGACCCUGAAUGCUCUAGGACAGUCCCCAACUGAGGGUGGUGGAAGUGCAAUCCGCGGAAAGAUCGAGAAACCGAAUCCAUACAUCAAGUCAGGGGCUACCAUUGCACACGAGGAGAGCAGACGGGCAAAGAAUCCUAAGUCCAAAACUCCUAAUAUACCAAACAAAAGUCGUUCCGGCAAGCUUGGUCCCAAGAUUACCAUACGAAAGAAGGCGCCCAAUGUAGCAUACAUAUGGCUUCAUACCAGCGGUAGCAACGCUGUGCUUUGGUCCUGGCCUGAUAGCAGUGGUCUCCGAAGCUUACCAAAGGUAACGCCCCUAUCUUCCUGGCAUAAAAAUAGCUGGCACCAGGGCGUAAGCUGAGCCAAGUUUACCUAAAUGCUAGAAAAGGGUUGGAAAGUUAUAAGCGCAACGAAGAGAACAUACAUAACUUUAAAGAACGUCUAAAUCAGCCGGUCAAUGGUCUGGACCCUUCAAGGAGAUUAGGGACGAGGAGAAUCGUGUUCGGCUAGAACGUAACAUUUCCCCGAUAAGAAGGGAUGGAGAGAGACCAGCAGCCCUUAUCCCUAUAUAGAAACGAGUCAUUAAUACAUACCUAACCUAUGUAUUAUAUUAAUAGAACAUACAAGCAAACGGAGCAAUACCAAAGCCACCAGGUACCUUAUAUAAAUUCCGCUGACACGAUCUACAGUGCUUACAAGCUACUUUUCAAUCUUGGAUAUCUGUUUAUAUAAAUCGCCAAUAUUCCGUCUUCCUUUAUGUACAACCACUCACUCCAUCUCAUAAAUUCGAUCCUAUAGAUAAUACUAGCAAACUCGAUCGAACAACCUACAUGGCACCUAAGUACAUAUUCUACACACCACUAUACAGCCCCCUCCACACAGCUUACCUAUACUAGAACACCCAAGUAAAAUCCGUACCAGGUAGCCACAGGCAAAUAUCCAAUUUACCAUACCGCCCUGUCUCGGCCCUCGAACGCGAAGUUCAGCACAACUCCCACGAAGAGUGCCGCGCAUAAAACGCUCGGUCCCAAUCUGUCAUAAUACUUAAUAGCUCUGCGCUCACGAAUCCCCUUACUUCGGUAUAGGUAGAUACCAA